UGUGAGCCCAUUUAAACUCUCACUCAAGACAACACUUGACCGUAGGUGGCUUCGGCAUAGGCUACACACAUAGGGUCCUGCAUAGAGUGUAGAGGUGUAGCAAUAACAUGACAAUGUCUUGUGCGAGGAAACAUGAGCUGGUAUCGUUGUUGACAUGAGGGCAUGCCUGACUUGUCCCUAGGUGAGAUCUGUGCGACAAGGACCAACCGCGCACGGAACACUUCGUCAUUGAUUAAUGAUKAUUGUUAAUUCUCUGAAUGCGAAUACAAUCAUUUCCCCCAUCAUUAUUAAUGACAAGAUGUCAAACAAAACAUUCGGAUGACUCGAACUGCGCCUCGAUAGGAUUUCAAAUAACAGGGAUUUGGGCAGGUAUGCGCAAUUUUGAUGUUCUCAUUGGAAUGCGCUCAUUUUUGGUAUAAACAAAAACAUGUGAUGCUGAAGCGCAUCUGCACUACCGGCGAGAAUAAUUCGACUAUUUGACCGUGGAGUUUUGUUGUCAUUGGAUUGGUGAUAACUCAUCCUGCGGGAUUCUGAGCCUGUGCAGUUUUGUUGUCAUUGGAUUGGUGAUAACUCAUCCAGCGGGAUUCUGAGCCUGUGCAGUUUUGUUGUCAUUGGAUUGGUGAUAACUCAUCCAGCGGGAUUCUGAGCCUGUGAAACCACUUACAGGUCCUCUUCGAUUUGAGAUGCUGGCGAUUAACUGCGCUUUACUUUUAGCGCUCAUGCAAAGCGGGACAGCCUCCAGGUGUGUAGACCAUGCCUGCAGUCCUCCCGUGGGCAACCUAGCCAGUGGCAGGACCCUCACAUCCCUCUCAGGCUGCUGUGGGAAUGGGUCCCAACACUCCCCAUGCCCCACUCCCCUCCACCCCUGUCCAGUUGACCUUCACCCGCCUGCCAACAUGGUGGAUGAUCCCUUCCAGCACCCAGCCACCUGGUGGGCCUCGGGCAUGGGCACUGACCAGGAGGAGGAGGUCCGUCUGGACCUGGAGACUCGUUUCUGUCUGACCCACGUGGUGCUGCUGUUCCACUCACCCAGGCCCGCUGCCAUGGCCAUGGAGCGCUCGCAGGACUUUGGUCGGACGUGGGAGACGCUCAAGCUGUUUGCACAGAACUGCAGUCUUGCGUUUGGUCUUCCUGAUGACACCGGUCAGCCUGGCUCGCUGUGUACGUCCCGGUACUCCAGUGCCAAGCCGUGCAGCAGGGGAGAGGUAAUAUUCCGGAUUCUGGGCCCUGGUGGAUUAGUUGACCCCUACAGUCCAGAGGGCCUUUCCCAGCUGACCCUCACCAACCUCCGCCUCAGACUUCUCAAGGCCCAGACCUGCCCAUUAUCUGUCGCACCUUCCACCUCUUCUUCCUCCAUUGGACUCUCCUACCCUCCUACGGACCUGAAUCUCCCCAUCCUCCCUUCCCCCCAGCCCAGCUCAGAGCCCCCUGCCUCAGCUCCCUUUGCCAUUUACACUCUCCUGGCUCGAGGGACCUGUCUCUGUCAUGGCCAUUCAGAACACUGUUUACACAGUGGUGAACAGGACAAACUGAAGGACAUGGUGCCUGGCAGGUGUGUGUGCACUCACCACACAGCAGGAGAACACUGUGAGAGGUGUGCCCCUCUAUACAAUGACCGUCCCUGGAGGGCAGCCAACGGCAGCAGUGGGGAGCCACACCCGUGCCACAAGUGUGAGUGUUACGGCCACGCGACGAGCUGUCACUUCUCCCAGAGGGCGUGGCUGUCCUCAGGCGCCACCAGUGGMGGCGUCUGUGACGAAUGCCGACACAACACAGCAGGGCGCAGGUGCCAGCGCUGUCGCCACGGUUACCACCGCCACCCGGCCAUGCCCCUUGGCUCCUCCCACAUCUGCACACGUUGUUGGUGUGACCCACUGGGCUCAUUACCAGCCAGCUCUGGGGAGGAGGGCCCAUGGUGCCACCCGAGGAGUGGACAGUGCCACUGCAGACCUGGUYUGGGYGGAACAGGCUGUAGCCACUGUCUCCCUGGGUACUGGGGCUUUGGGGAAGAGGGGUGCAAACCCUGUGCUUGUCCCCAAAACUGUGACCCCCACACUGGGCUUUGCCUUGACAGCAGCUAUGCAAAUAACCAGGUUUUCAAUGUCCCAAUGGGGGGCAAGAUUCCUGACAUGGACCAUGCCUUGACCAGUGAGGGUGAGGCAGUGUGGUCAAAGGAACUGGCAGUCUCRGCCAUGCACUACACAGGGAAAUGCAGCUGUAAGGAGAGAAAGUUGAGGAGUGUCUCGGAUCUCUGUAAGACCAAACAUGCCUAUGUGAUCAAAGCCAGUGUGUUGUCUGCUCAUGACAAGGGGAGCCACGCAGAGGUACAGGUCAAAGUUCGCAAGGUCCUGCGGUCAGGACAGGUGCCUCUCUCCCAUGGCACACACAGUCUCUACCCCAUAUCCUGGACUAUCCGGGGGUGCACCUGCCCCAUCCUUAAUCCAGGGGUGGAGUACAUGCUGGCGGGUCCAGAGGAGGCAGGGACGGGACGGCUGCUGGUCACCAUGCAGAGUGUSGUGGUUCCCUGGACCACCCAACUGGGGGCCCACAUAUCAGAGGGCCUAAGGCAGGGCUGCCCCUGAACACCCUCUCCAAACCCAUAACAGAGCACCCUGAAUGGAAAUGGACCAGGGGAAAUCACUGGUUCACUAGAUCAUUCAGGAAAGGGACAAACUCAGUGGAUAAGGCUUGACCAAGUGUCUUGACCAAUAAUUGCGGUGGGAAAUCAUGCCCAUAUAAGACUACAACCCUGCCAUAUGAUGCAAAGAGGAUGGACUGGAUACUGGAAUCUUUAGAGCCAUUCUUAUGAAGAUGAUUUAACUUGAGCCAUCCCACAUACAGACAAACAUCCCCCUGGAAUCUACUAGACACAACAAACCCUAGUAUACCAGCUUUUCAGACUGMGUAUAUCCAAAGCCAUGCCUUUAAAUGCCUACCAGGUUCUCAGUACAUUACAGGGCUGCUUUUGACUGCUUUUAGUGUACUGUAUUUUUUUCAGUGUCCAGUUCCAAUCAUUUAUUUUUCAUGUGAAGMGUGCUAAUGAAAAAUGCAACAAAUACACAUACUUAUUUAAAUAUUGAGGCACAUAAGGCAUCCACAGGAGAGUGCAUUGCUUCCAGUCUGCAGCCUUCUUGGUGAGGGUUCCCCAGGUCAAAACACACUCCAUCUUAUUUUCUAUUGUUCUUCUCCAUGUCUCUUUUGGGCGUCCUGUCUUUCUCUUCAGCGUAGUGCAAUCGCAGGGUGCACAUCUGAAGGUAGUCUACACACGUCCCAGCCAUCGCCAUCUUUUCUGCAACAAAUAGUGCCUACAGAGUACAUAAAAAGAUAAACCUGGGAAAUGUAAGUGUUAGGAACAUGUAGCUAAUAUCUUAAUCUGAAAAMAUACAAGGUUCAAUGUAUGUGGUGCAGUUUUACCGAAGAAUGAACAAGAUCCCAGAGGAAGAAUCACUUUCAAAGCAUCAUGGUCCAGUCGUAUGUAUGAAGRUCUAGUUUCCUUUGUGUUUGAACAGUAUUUAAACAUGUGGUUAGAAAUGUUUGAAAGAGGUAAUAAGACAUUGUUCAMUAAUAACUUUAAUCAGGACAGGUAAAAGAGAGUACCAGUGCAUUAAGGCUUGAAAUUAUAUGUUUCAAAAGCAGGUGAAGGAAGCACCUUCACUGUGCUAUGACUAGAGGCCACUCUAUGUACUCAGUCUUUCUUCAUAAGAACAUGAGUUGUUGAUAAUAGCGGCCAGCACCAAACAUAUUUGGCCUUCCAGGACCUGUGGCACCUAACCAGAAGAGUCAUAUCUCAAAGGCUCAAAUCCUGAGAUUUAAACACACUGUAUCUCACAUUUUCACAUGAAUCCUGUAUUGAUGUCACUGCAUUACAAACACGCCAGGGCUGURCCUGACUAAAACAGAAUCUUGGUCAAAAUGUUAAAAGUUUCAAGUUCCUUGCA